AUGGCGCAAAAACAGCACAAAAUUAAAAUUUCCGAACCUUCUCGAACGUUGAGGCACAAAUCAAUAUUUUGCUCGGGCCUUGGAGUUGCCGGCGCCGUUCCCUUAACGUUCAGUUACCUAUCAGAAACUUGCCCAAGAGCGACGCGCACAAGAUACACGGGAUUGUUGCACUCAUUUUGGCCGUUAGGCGCAUUAUUUACUUCGACAAUUGCACAUUUAACCUUGCCAAGCGAUGGAGCAGAAGUAGUUUUAGAUAAUCGCGAACAUUGGAGUUCUUGGCACAAAUGCCUUAUAUUAAAUAUCCUUCCGACCAUUGCAUGUAUAGUAGGUUUAGUUUGGGCUUCAGAAUCUCCAAGAUAUCUUUUAGAAGCUUCGAGAGAGGUAGAAGCUUUAGCUGUGUAUCAAAGGCUACAUAGAUUAAAUAAGGCGAGAACGCAGUAUGGAUUAACGGAGCUUGAGUUACCCGGUCGAAGCGCGUACAGAGAUAGGCCCGUUAGUCCAUCGAGAAAUGUUAUCUCGCACGGAUUAAGUACGUUCCGCGAGGCAUUUCAAAGAAUCUACUCGCCAUCACAUUUCAAAACGACACUUCUAUUAGCAACGCUACAUUUACUACUUGGAUUCUGCUACAUGGGAAUAUCAACGUUUUCCUACUCAAGAAUACGAGAAACCAACGAUCUGCACUAUUUCUCGAUGAAAAAGUACAUAAGUAAUCAAAACUACACCGAUGUAAUGUUUAACUCGACCGUUGAAAACGUCCAAUACAAAGAGUGUAACUUUGAAAACGUUACGUUUACGCAUUUACAUUUUAAUCACGUGGAAUUUGUCAAUUGCAUGUUUGAAGAAACGGAAUUCAACAACGUUAAAUCGUCCAUCACGUAUUUUGAAAAUAGCACCAUCAAAGAUUCGAGAUUUAUCGAUACUGAUUUAACCGAGCAGCACUUUUUGAAUUGUAACUUAAUAAAUAACACAGUUUUAUCUUUGCUGACGGAUUGUGUCGUCGAUUUUGACUACAACAUCUACCUGAAUGAUCUGUUUAAAGAGACAAUCGCGUGGGCUGGACCCAUGGUUCCUGCCCUUCUGGUAUUGGGAUUCGUUCUGGAAGCAACAUCAAGACCACCUGUUCUAGUACUUCUUUUAGUAUUAGCAAGUGUAGUCAGCAUUGGAAUUUUCUUCUUGGUCAACUUUGUGUCUACCGUCAUAGUAGAAGCUAUCUUUAAAGUACUUCUCAUUUGUGCUGUUAAUGUCUUAACCAUGGUCGUUAUUGAAGGAUAUCCGUGCCACCUUAGAUGUACUGCCCACGGAAUGAUGCGAAGUGUAUACCACCUAGCGUCCCUUUGUGCUAUUCCUAUCUAUGGUACGUUAGUGCAUACCAUCUUGUUGUUUCCCGCCGUGACAACCGUAGCCCUUGCACUUCUCGCCGCCAUGUUGUCUACAAGAAUCCAAGAUAACAGUAAAGUACUUUUAUAAACCGAUUAAUAAUAGUUAUUUUUUUAUUUCUUAUAUAUUUUUACCUAGUAUCUGUGAUAUUAUUUACUUAACGGUAAGAUUAAAAAUAAAUGUACCUCCUAAAUGUCCUUAGAUGUGUAAUUUGAACCUAUAGUUUCGUUAGCAAUACAUAGAUCAUUUAAUAAUGUACCUAUAACUACUACAUCUGCAUAUCAUACAGCCUCAAGCACAAGAAAUCAUGUCAAAUUAUAAACGAUAAUUCUGAA